AGGAACUGACAGGCGGGCUGUAGGCAGUACUAUCCAGCCACAACGGCGGCCAUCUUUGGUGCUUGGUCGGAAAGCGCCGACAGGUUCAGGGUCGACGCUUCUCGUGCUGUUCACCCGUUACCCUCUCUUAUCUCGCUACACCGACUUUACAGAACUCUAUUGUUUUCGGAAACAAAACAGGGCGGUUGGAACUAAGAAGGAGCUAAAAGGAAACGCAGAAAGCCGAUCGAAACCCGCCUUUCGGCAUGUCGGAGAAUCGCGAGCCGGAGACGCAGGCGGAGGAAACCGGCGAGGAAAAACAGGACACGCAGGAGAAAGGGGCGAUGAGCCCGGAGAAGGCAGAGGAAAUCAAACUGAAAGCCAAGUAUCCAGUGUUGGGUCUGAGACCUGGGGGCUCGGAGUUCCUGAUGAAGAGACUGCAGAAAGGGAAGUACUUUGACUCCGGCGAUUACAACAUGGCGAAAGCCAAGAUGAAGAACAAGCAGCCUCCAAACAGCGGCGCGGACAAGAACCUGGUGACGGGGGACCACAUUCCAACGCCGGAGGACCUGCCCCAGCGGAAAUCGUCUCUGGUCACCAGCAAGUUAGCGGGCUGACGUCAGCUCAGUGGCCGUGUGCUCCCGGCUAGGGUGGACAUUUCACCUUCCCAUGUAACGAUGGAGGGGGUGGGGAGAACAUUAGGUGCAGCCUAAAUAUUGUGAUUUUUUUUUUUAAGAAGGAAAACAAAUAUAUAUAUAUUAUAUAUAUCUCUGUACGCAGAAAGGAAACACAAAUUAAACCCAACAAAUGGCCCUUGCACACUGGUGAAGCAACCAGAACUGAUUGGGCUUCAUUCCAUUCACACACACACACACACACACACAACCCCCCACCACACUCUCUGUGGCUCCCAAUGGCUGUGAAAGAGAGGGUCAAGGAAGGAUUGAUGAGGGGCUGGGGACUGCUGCUUGUACCCAAGUCCAACAUCCCCCACCCACCCCCCACAUCUUCCCCACCCCCUCUGCCUCCGAGACAGGCCCUGAAAUUGGCAUAGGUUGGCACUUUAUUGGAAACUUUUUAGAGACAGAAAAAGAAGUGCACAGUCGUAAACUUGAGUUUAAAAAAUGAAACGAGCCGCGAGGGGGUUAUCUAGGGUAAAGUGUUUUUUUUUUUCACCCUCCUCCGUCUGGUGUGCCUGUGUUUUGUUUUUCAAUUUAAAUCAAUUCCGCUAUUGUCCUGACCAUUUUUAAAAACCUGGCUAGACUUCUGUGGCCUCUGCAACUUUUUGUUUGUGACCGCACGCGUAAGCCUUUUGACUCUCAUUGCAGCGGGGAGUGGUGCCACGACUUGCCCAAAG